UUUUAGUAUCCCAUCAUGCAUUAGUUUGCCACGCAGAAAGUAUCAUACAUAUUUUUACCGGUAUUUUUUUGCAAAUUUAUAAGACUUCACACAGAAGUCAUGGGAGGAUCGCAUAGCACGGAAGUACCAGGUGGAGGAACAGAAGGCUAUCAUGUUUUACGUGUGCAAGAUAAUUCGCCAGGGGAAAUUUACUGGAAAUUUUUAAACAUUCUUCGAAUUUUAAAUUUUUUGUGUAAAAGUUUAAAAAAACAGGCUGUGAGAGAAGUUUUUAUAACACCAAGUCAUAAUUGGGGAGGACAGGGAUUGCUUGGUGUUAGUAUAAGAUUUUGCUCGUUUGAAGGAGCCAAUGAGAAUGUGUGGCAUGUCUUGGAAGUUCAAAGCCAAAUUCUCCAGCUGGGAUUUUUAGGCAGGUUCUAAGAUCAAAAUUAACUUGAUUAUAUUAUUGGAGCAGAUUCCGUUCUUCAUGAGUCGGAAGAUCUGUUCACAUUGAUAGAAUCACAUGAAGGUAAACCUCUGAAGUUAUAUGUGUAUAAUAGUGAUUCUGACUCUUGUAGAGAAGUUACCAUUACACCAAAUUCAUCAUGGGGAGGUGAAGGCAGCUUGGGUUGUGGGAUAGGAUACGGUUAUCUACAUAGAAUACCAAAAUGUCAAUUUCCAUCAUCACAUACUGUUCAGUUACCCCCACAUAUUAACACACAAACUACAAUAGGAAGAACUCCACUUACAAAUGUGUCUAAUAAUGCCGUUGGAGCUACUCAAGGAAUGGCAAAUCUCUCUCUUAACACAGGCACACCAACUAUUCCUGUAAUUCCCCAGUCUACAGUAGGUCAAGGGUUAGCUGGUAUGGGGGGACUACCCGCCCAGCCUGCACCGUUACCGAACUUCUCACAAUCUCCUUCUGGUGGAACAGGGCUUCCACCACUGUCAACAUUACCAAAUUUAGGUCCGUUACCGCCUUUACAAGCUCCGAUAUCUAUACCCGGGAUGCCCCCGAUAUCAAUGCCUCCUUUUAACCCAAGUGCAGCGGGGCCAUUACCUGCAGGCUUUAAUCUCCCUAUGACUUUAGCUGGACCAACAUCUUUUCCCAUGAUGCCCACAGCUGACCCUGCACUUUCUGGUCUGAUGACAAGUCCUCAGGUGCCCAGCCAAACUGUUGGUGCUGCUGCAAAUUCAAAUCAAGGGACAUCACUCCCAGUAAACUCUAUUCAAGGGACAUCACCAUUAACAAAUGAUAGCCAAGGGGCACAACUGCCACAGGCUUCACAGGCAGGGGAGAGCACUGAAGUAAAACCUGUUCAAAAUGAAGGCGCUGCAGCCUCGUAACAGUUUGGAGACUUUGUUAGGAUGUAAAUUAAUUAUAUAUAAGGAUAAGUUAUUAAUAUAUUAUAAUACAGAAAGCUGUUACUUAGUGACAGAAUUUUCGAAGUGGGAUUUAUUCAUUUGAGAUUGCCAUAAAAAGUAAAAAAAAAACACUCAGACCGUGCAGUAUGGACAAGAAGGAGGGAACAAGUAACAGUUAAAAAUUUUAAUUGUUAUAUAAUUAUGCAGUGUAAAAAUGUUUUCACACAUUUCUUCAUGGAUCAAAUUCAUCUUAAGUGUGGUGAGCAAAGGAAAAAAGCUCUUCUUAUAUAAAUCAUGAAGGACUCGGAGUUAUUUUAUGCUAAACAAUUAUUUGUGAUAUGGAAUAAAGAAAAAUUAGAAAAAAAUAUUUUGACAACCAAUACUUAACUUGAUUGCUGUUUGAAUAUAUGUUUUCAGCUUAUUCUGACAAGAACAAUAUUAAAUUAUAACCCUGGACGGUAAAUUUGCUUCUUUGCUACUUUAUAUGUUGUUUUCUGCACAACCAAUGCACAGUAUAUGCAAAAAAAAAGGCCAUGGCAUUUUUAGUUGAUUUUUUUUUUUAUAGUAAAUGCUUUUGUAAGGGACAUUCUCAGCCACAACAGAUCUGAGAUAGAUGAAAUUUUAAAGUUGAUGAUUAUAAACUAGUCAGACUUUCAGGUUAAAUGUGUGUUUUAAGACUAGUGUAGUCUAUGCCUCCCUUACUUUAGAGGGUUUGUCCUUGUCCUUCACGUUGUCGGGUUGCCCUUUCAUAAAACAGUGGAUGUGGGGGGUGUCCGUGUCUUCUAUUCUUAUUCCUAGUUUCAUAUAUUUUGGAUAUGAAAAUUAGAAUUGUAUAUGUAUGCACAAGUUAAACACAUGUGAUUACUAAAAUGUUAGAUUUGUUUAUGCAUAACAUGGGGGAAAAAAUAUUAAAGUAGAAGACAUUUUAAAAUUGUAAUUUUUUUAGGCUUUCACUUCCUUAGAUAUUGUUGUAACAAAUAAUCUUGAUAUAGUUUGUUUGAGCACUUCAUCUAGUUAUUAAUUCAGAGUUUAGUGUUAGACCGCCUCCGUGGUCGAGGGGUUAGAGUCGAUGACUUCUAAUCCAGUUACCUCUCUGGCGUGGGUUCAAUCCCCGAAAGAUGCUUUGGUAGUUUAGCGCGGAGGAAAGUAGUCUAGUACUGGUGUAACUCUCCAGGAACGAUGGUUAGGAAACGACCCGCCUAUAUGACUGAAAUACUGUUGGGGAAAAGACGUAAAAUGAAACAAACAAACAAACAGAGUUGAGUGAUUUGGUGGCAUCCAAUAUUUUGGUCCUGAUAUAUACAUACUGUAUAUUAAAGGGACUCCACUGAGGUUAAAAAGCCUAAGAACAUAACAUUUGAAUUUCUUACAUAAAUGAGCUGGAGCACUUUAAACAGAAAUAUAUGCAAAGAUAGUUAAGAAAUAUACUUUGAAAUAAAUUGAAAAUAGUAUAUUUAUGCUUGCUUUUCUUAGCCCUAUUUGAGUGAAAAGUGUUCAAACGCUUUUUUUUGGGGUCAGUUUUUACAAUUAGAAUAAUUAUUCUUGAAAAACGAAGUGCGUGAAUGAUCUGAAAUUUUGCACAAAGAUUAGUGGUUUAAACCUUCAUCAAAUGGUACAUUUAUCUCAACCCAAUCAUGUCAAAAAACCUCAGUGGAGUCCCUUUAACUUUUACUGUCUUGUUUAAUGUACAUAAAAUUGAAGAUGGACUUGUUUUUGUUUCCUCACUGAUUUUGUGUGACAUGUUCAUUUCUGAGAAUGUAAUAAGUAAAAUAUUAGAAUUUAG